AUCGGCAUUCCCUCUUCCUAAAGAAAUGAGUGAGAUCAGCUUUAGCAAGAUGUCUCUCUUCGCCCUCUUCCUCGUCCUGCUGUUUUCACUCCAUGUUGUUUCCACCACGGCUGGAACCACCGACGCCGACUCCCUUGUCAGCGAUGCCAACUCAAUCCCUCCCAAGGAAUACCUUGUCCAUUACUGGAACGAACAAAUCACCAACACCCUAGCCGUACCACCACUGCUUAUAUCCAAAGUGUCGCCCUUAACUACUGCAGAAACGGCCCUUUUUGCCCAGCUCGUUGCUAAAGAUGCUCUAUCCGACCACCUCCUAUCUUUCUGCAAGGCAGCACGACUGCUUUGCUUCCCGGACUUAUCAUCCCAUCAAGUUGGCAAGGACGCUCCUGUUUACUACAAUGUCAUUAUUGGUGCCACAACACUGGCCGGUGGCAUGAACGUGAACAAAGGCGUGGAGCCAGGGAAAUACUUUCGGGAGUCGACGCUGAGGAGUGGGAAUGUGAUCCAGAUGCCGGAUCUUCAUUCCAAAACUCCCGAAAGGUCGUUUUUGCCACGCAGUAUUUCCUCUAGAUUACCAUUCUCGACCUCAAAGCUUGCCGAGCUGAAGCAAAUCUUCCAUGCUAGGGACGAUUCGACUAUGGAGAAGAUACUGGUACGCACACUUAGCCUAUGCGAGGAAGCACCGAUACGAGGUGAGACCAAGCGAUGUGUUAGUUCUGUUGAGGACAUGAUAGACUUUGCCACCUCAAUACUAGGCCACGACAUCAAGCUUCAUUCCACGAAGAGCGACGAAGGGUCAAAGCAUGAUAUCUUGAUUGGACGAGUGAAAAGGAUAGGUGGGAGUAAAUUGAGUGCGCCUGUGGCAUGUCACGAUAGUCUAUUUCCUUACAUGGUUUAUUACUGUCAUGCGGUUCCAACACUCCGUGUUUACGAGGUAGAUAUACUGGAUCCCGUGUCCAAGGCCAAGAUCAACAACGGCGUCGCAGUCUGUCAUAUGGACACGUCGGCUUGGAAUCCAAACCACGAGGCAUUUCUUGCGCUCGGGUCGGGCCCUGGUCAGAUCGAGGCCUGCCACUGGAUCUAUGGGAAAUAUGCGGUCUGGACUAGGGCUAAUUAGUAAUGGAAAAAAGUUGAAGUGUAGGCCAAAUUGAAUAAUAUAGGUUGGACCUAGAGGCCGAGAAAAUUAACCGAUAGCUCCAUCGCAGGUCAUCAUUUGCUUGAAAGUAUUAUCUAAUAUGGUAACUGCUGUCUAAUAUACACGACUGUGAUCGUGUGUGUAAAUGUUAUUAUGGUUAGUAAAUGUCAAGUGUUUGUGUGACUUUGAUCUAGCAUUUGUAAUUA